AACAGGUUUUGUAUUCCCCUUCUUGAAAAUGUGACGUCACCGCGGGAUCGGUAUGAUAGGCAAUGCGGUUGGAGAGUGAACGGAGAAGGCGAGCCACCCACGCGGCGGACCGAGAGAGCUAAAUCGAACGCUUUGCGGUUUCUCGAAGCGCGUAACGGCGGUCGUACGAAGAAUUCAUGUCGUUUUGUUAUCCAGCUGGAGAUUACGCAUCGAUGGUGGGCACGGAUCCAGGACAAGAGUAGGUUCUAACUACCUGCCCACGCAAAGAACUACCGCGAAAAGAAAACGCUUUGCAGACGACGCUGGCUUCGUCGCGGAUGCAUUUAUGUUCAAACGUAAGCAGUGCGUCGUCGCGGGUCAACGGACCUUUCGAAACUUUGGCACAACCUCCUAAAUGGGAAGAAUUAUUAGUGCCGUAUUUCCGAAAGAGUGAGAUAGCAUUCGAUGACCCAUGCGAUGACCUGCAUAAUCGUUCGCCAAAUGACAGGUUCAGCAACUUUCUUGCGUGAAAUUUACAUAUGCGUAAUCUAUCGCACGCAGAUUCGCUAACCUGAGAUCGUAAACAAAAUUUUCUCUCCCCCUUCCAUCGCGAGUCUAGUCUGUCUGCUCUAAAUCCGGAGCUUGUUGCCUUCCCAAAUGAACUCAGUUAAGGGACCAUUCAUACUCAGGUCUCGCCAAACUCGACUUCGAUAGGACUCGACUUGCUAUUAAUGAGAGAGUCGCGAUAUGCAUGAUGCUAAAAUCAUUUUUUAUAAUAGCUCUUACGUGUAUAUUUAUACGUUGUUUCAACAUGCAUAAUGCGAAAUCGUUCGCAAGGUUCAACUCGCGGCAACGAGAGCAUACGUGCGAUCGAAGUCUCGUAAUGAAAUAAGGCGUAAUCAAAUUGUACUGUGGUAAUUACAAAACCGGCACCUGAUAUUGAGGAGCACGGCCUGAUCAUAAAACGGGAGCCUUGAAAAGACGAGUUAUACGAUAUGCUCGGCGCAUAAUGAUUCAUAGCCGAUUGAAAUGAUGUAACCGUUGCCUAUGUGCCGCGGUGGUAAAUAUGUACUGCUACAGAAAAACGUGUCGAUCCUUUGAUUCCAUUUAGGAAAUACACUUCCCGUAGAACCAAAUACGGCGACAGACUGUCGUCGUUCUCCGUUCUGCGUCAUUAUUAUUCAAACGGCUGGAACGCGUUUAACGACGAAAAAUGUCCGUAAGAUAAGAUACAUAAGACGUCAGAGACCGCUUAUCAUAAGGAUGACGUGUAAAAAUCUAAAAACGCCGCAAGGUAUUCUAAAAAUGCACGACUAUAUCGAGUUUAAUUAGUUCGAAAUCCAAGGGCGUCAGUUAUAAUAAUUACACACAUUCGAAUUAAUGUUUUAAUCAUGCAUCCAUGAAGAUGAUUAUUAUUUGCACCCUUUGCAUAAUUUUAUUGUAAUCUAAGAAUAGUUGAUGCAGCAAUUAAAAUGCUUGUAGGUAACAAAUUCUGAUAAUAUUGACAUUCAUCACUGUGUGAUUAAAAUUUUCCAUUUCUGUGGAAUAUACCGCCGCUAUCGCGUCGAUUCUUAGUAAGUGCUGCUGCUAAAUGAUGUUCUCAGAAACAAUUGACAGCGUUGGCUCGGUCGAUAGUCAGGAAACAUUCGAUCGACGCGGUUUGGCGGCAGCACUGGUAUGAGAAACACGAAAAUCCCGGGCGUGAGCAUUCUCGUUGCCUCUCUGCCGCGGUGAAGCAAGAGGGGAGGUCAAAGACGCAGCAUGGUGGCGCGACGGGACGGGGUUAGUUCAUUCGAAAAACGAAGCCGAGUAUCAGUCGGGUGGCAACUGUCGGGCAUGUGCGUCGUCCCUUUUGCCUUUGUAGUCGCGCAUUGAGAUCGGACACAGAACGUUUUUGCAUGUACACACCGGUACGCGAACGAACGAGGGACAGUCUGCGAACAUGUGAUUUUGACAGAGAACACGGUACGUUUAGGCCAGCUAGAGCGUGCGUGAAAAGUGUAGUUCACCCUGGUCGGAUAUAUCGUCACCCCGUAGUAGCAGCAGCCUCGUUCGAGGGGGUGGAGAAUAAUGUUCUGAGUCGUGAGCCACGCACAUCAUGGUUGCUAAGCACUUCACGCAGGGUUCCAGCCCUGAGCUGGGUGUCCCAGAUAUGACAGUGAUCAGCGAUAUCGACGAGACGGGAAUCAAUCGAAAUCUCCAAGUCCGGUACGGGAGGGAUCAGAUAUAUACGUACACUGGAUCCAUACUGGUGGCUGUGAACCCGUACAAGGAGGUGGACUUCUACACUUACGAAUACGUGAAUCGAUACCAUGGACAGAAGAUGGGUUCUUUGGAGCCGCAUGUGUUCGCGUUGGCGGAAGCGGCGUACAGGUCUCUCCAGGACACAGAGAGCAAUCAAUCCUGCGUAAUAUCAGGCGAAAGCGGUGCGGGGAAAACCGAGACCACGAAAUUCAUCUUGCAGUACCUUUGCUCGGUGACCAGCAACGUUGACACGUGGGUGGAACAGCAAAUUCUCGAGGCGAACACCAUCCUCGAGGCUUUCGGAAACGCGAAGACGGUGAGGAACGACAACAGCUCCCGGUUUGGAAAGUUCAUGCAGGUGUGCUUCGACAGCAAGUGGAUGAUCAAGGGUUGCAUCAUCCAGGAUUACCUGCUCGAGCAGAGUCGUAUAACUUUCCAGAGCGGCGGCGAGAGGAAUUACCACGUGUUCUAUCAGCUAGUCGAGGCCGGGACCAGAGACAAGGAAUUCGCGGAACAAUACAAACUGAUGCCAGCCAGUCAUUACAAGUAUUUGAAUCAGUCGGGAUGCGUGAAGAUCGAUGGAAUAUUCGACAGCAAGAAGCUCGACGCUCUCAGGCUUGCGUUCAACGUAUUACAGGUCGCGCCGGAAAUGUGCGAGGGUAUUUUCAGAGUCCUCUCCGCGAUUCUCUGGUUGGGAAACUUAAGCUUCGAGGACGUGGACGGAGAGCGGUGCGAGUUAACUAAAGAGGACCUUGACAUCGUGAACACGGUGGCUCCUUUGCUCGGGCUCCAGGUCGAGGAUUUGACUAAGGUGGUGCUCAUCAGACAGAUAAAUGUGCGAGGCAACAUCACGGAGAUACCGUUGAAGGUGCAGGAAGCCCGUGAAAAUCGUCAUGCGAUGGCGAAGGCGUUGUACUCGCGGACGUUCGCCUGGCUGAUCAAUCACAUAAACAAUUGCACGAACCCUGGGCAAGACAGCUCGAGGUUUCUCGGCGUGUUGGACAUAUUCGGCUUCGAGAACUUCGCCGUCAACAGUUUCGAACAACUCUGCAUCAAUUACACGAACGAGAAGCUGCACAAGUUUUUCAAUCACUACGUGUUCGCGUUGGAGCAAGAACUCUACCGACAGGAAGAGAUCCAAUACUCCCAUAUCACCUUCACGGACAACACCAUGUGCCUGGAAUUAAUCGAGAAACCUCCACGAUGUGUUCUUAAGUUACUCACCGAGCAGUGCCAUAUGCCGAAAGGUUCGGACCUGGCUUACCUGACCAAUUUGCAUGCCGAAUUUGAGAGUCACCCGUGCUACGUGAAGGGCGACGAUCGACGAAAAUGGGAAACGGAGUUCGGCGUAAAACACUACGCAGGCUGCGUCACUUACACCGUCGAGGGAUUCGUGGACAAGAACCGCGAUGUGCAACAGGACGUGUUCUUCGACUUUAUGUCCAGGAGCACGAACGAGUUCGUUCAAGAGAUCACGGUCUAUCAAGAUCUCCUCGGGUGCACGGUGGCUCGCGCGAGCGGAAAUGCGACCACCAUGUCUCGCGGCACUUCGAAGGGCAAGCCGACCCUCUGCGAUUCGUUCCGCCACCAGUUGCAAGCUCUGGUCGACGUUCUUCAAGCCACUACCCCGUGGUACGCGAGAUGCAUCAAACCUAACAUGCAGAAGGUUGCGAAUCACUACGACGAGAAACUGGUUUUGGAUCAGCUGAAGUAUUUGGGAAUGUUGGACAUAAUACGAAUCAGGAAGGAAGGUUUUCCCAUACAUAUGCCGUUCAAUGAUUUCAUAGCGAGAUAUCGUUGCCUGGACAAAGGACGGGUGUCGCGAAUGCAGAACGAAAAAGAUGCUGUCAGAUGUUUGAUCAGUAAUCAAGGUAUACCGGAGACCGAAUGGCAGAUAGGCAACAGCAAAGUGUUUCUGAGGAGUUACGUGCACGAGCCGUUAGAAGAUUGUAGGAAUCAGAUGGUCACUAGUAAUGCUAUUAUGAUACAGAAAAUAUGGAGAGGGUUCAUUGUUCGUCGAGAAUAUAAACGCGUAAAGGAGGCUGCGUUAAAGGUGCAACACGCGUACCGAGGCUGGAAGCUGAGAAUAAUGUUCAUUAGGAAACGACGAGCGGCUAUCGUGAUACAGAGUCAUCUGCGCGGCGUGUUUGCGAGGGAGGUCGCGACAGCCUUGAGGGAAAUGAGGCGAGUAGACGAGGAGAUGAGGAAGAGGGAGAGAAUGGAGGAGGAGAGAAGAUUGAUGGAGGACAAGAAAGCUCUGGAAGAAAGUCAAAGCGCACAGUACAACGGUAUUGUCGGAAUGGAAGCCGGAAAAGCGCAGGAGGAAAUCGCGGCAUUAUCACAAAUGGCAGAACAAAUGAACUCGAAAAUGGCUGCAUCGGACUUGCAGUCCGUGGACUUGGACAAUUUGUUCUCCUUCCUGUCUGACGUCCAGUCGACGAAGGGUAAUCAGAUAAUAGAAGAAAUCGGCGAGCAAAUGGAUGAACUGAUAGAAGAUCUUGACGUGGAACUAGAAACCGUGAUCCAACAGGAGAUAGAGAAGAAUUCGAAAGCAGAGUCCAAAGCAAACACUCCUAAUGGACAGGAAGCACCCGCACCUCCUCAGCAAGCAUCGCAACAAAGAAUACCUGGCGCGACCAGUGGAAAAUUGGGUCAGCCGAGUCUUCCAGAGCCCACGGAGCCUCCCCCGCCUCCUCCGCCCCCUGCUACGAGUUUGACGAUGAAUGGUGACUCGUCUACCGACAACGGGGAGCCAAUAUACGAAUCCGUUUUACCACGUGACGAGAGUAGUCCGAGCAGUCCGAUUUUGGUGAAUGGAAAUUCCGGAUCAUUAGUCAACGGCGAAUCCUGUGGCUCGCCUCCGCCAGUACCGAACAAUAACGUGAUAAAAGAACCGAUAGCCGGAAGUCCACCUUCCAGACCAGAGUCCAGGAAUUCGAAUAGUCACCACUUGCAUCAUAAUCAUCAUCAACCGGUGCCUCAACAGCAGCAGAAUGGACACGAUCAACCACAGCAACCGUCGCAACAGUCUCAACAGCCGCCAGUGGAAAGGGAACAGAGACGGAAAUGCAGAGUGGAGCGUAAGCUUCAAGAACUGGAAGAUAAAAAGGAGCCUGACAACGAGGUCACUUAUCACGACAUCGUAGAAUUCGCGCAGAAUUAUUUCAACAGUCACGAGAGAUCGCCGGAAGGUACGAUAAUGGCUACGCUUACCAGGAAAUCUCGUGGGAAGAGCGUGGAGUAUAUUCCUAAGUACGAAAUGGUGACUUAUUACAAAGGAUCCACUAUACCGAAUUCGCACAUUCAUAUGUAUGAUCCUGAUAACGUGAACGUGGCUUGUUCGGUCUUCAGAGACCUUUGCAAGUACAUAAGAGGAGAGAUGAAGCUGGACCAAGAGAUAGCGACUAUUCAGAGUAUAAUUGGGUACGGAAUCGAGCGUGAAGAACUGAGGGACGAAAUUUUCGUACAAUGUAUGAGACAAGCCACUAACAAUCCCAAUCCUGAGUGGGCUGAACGAGUGUGGCUAUUGCUUUGUUUGGCAAUCGUCGCUUUCCAGCCGAGCAAACUGCUCUAUAAAUACUUCGUGUCUUUUCUGAGGAAGAAUUUGGCUCUCGAGGGAAAACUUCGUCAGUACGUACAAUGGUGCGUGGACAAUUGCAAAAACAUGAAGGUUUCGUGUAGACAGCAUCCGCCGUCGACGGUAGAGAUCGCCGCGAUGAGGCGAUUAGGCACCAUAGUUUGUCGGUUCUUCUUCCUGGAUGGCAGAACGAAAGCGAUCGAUGUACAUCCGACUGACACGGCCGCCGAUGCUGUUGCCAAAUUAGGUGAAAAAUUAGGGCUUCGAUCCCUGGAAGGCUGGGCGAUCUACCAAAGCAGACCGGACGGCGAGGAACACGUUAGGGCACACGAUUACCUGUACGACGUUAUUGCUGCUUGGGAAAUGAAACAGUGCAAGUUGAACACAGCGCAGUCGACCUUCUCAACGUUACGCCGUGGGAACAAUGCCACUCUGGGAAGCGGUGAUAAUCGAUUCGUGUUCAAACGGAGAUUAUUCCGAAACACACGCGAAAUAUCUCAGGAUCCUGUCGAAGUUAACAUGCUGUACGCUCAAGCCGUAUAUAAUGUCGUCAAGUGCGAUGACUUUCCAGUAUCGGAAAAAGUGGCGCUUCAAUUAGCAGGCUUGCAGGCGCAAGUCGCUCUGGGCGAUCCGAAGGAUAACGAUCGUUUAGAUUACUACAGCGAGGUAGACAGUUUCUUGCCUUAUCGAAUCAGUCGAGCCCGAGGAGACGAUGUUUGGGUGCCGAUAAUAGCUCAGGCGCACAGACAGUACGGCGCCGGCCGCAAGGAACUCGCAGCCAAGGUGUUAUACUUGUCUUGCGUGAUGCAGUACCCUCUCUACGGUACGACUAUGUUCAACGUUACUUAUCGAGGCUAUUGGUCUUACGGCAACCAGUUGAUUUUGGGCAUCAACUGCGACGGUUUGAUGUUGAUCAAACCGGACGACAAGUUUGUAUUGUCAGAGUACCGUUAUCAAGACGUGGAGAGCAUCAUGCUGGACCCGAGCGAUUCUUUUAUAACGUUGUCCCUUCUUCGGCAUAAUCCCGACAGCUCGCACAAGUGUUUCGUUUUCGAAACAGCGCAGAAGAACGAGAUAGGUAGUCUGAUUGUUAGUUACUGUCCGGCGUUGGCUGGCUGGAUUACGGAGAACGAGGUUCCUACUAAAAAAUUGAAGUGCAUCACUAACGAAGAUCGCAUUAGACUUUAUCACAACUUAGUUAAUUGUCGACGAACGCUGGUAGAUGCGGAGAUAUUGAGGAAGCCGCAAGACUCCGGGGGCGGUUUCUUGAGGAACACUUUGAGGAGAUUGUCCAAGCACAGAAUAGAGAAGCUCAGGCAGGAACACGGCAGCGCGACCGAUCAUGGUGAGACGUACAAAGGAUUCCCGUACGCGUAUUGGGCAUUUAGCAGGCAAGCCGUGCCUCAGAGUCUGUCGAAACUGCCUGAUCCCGACGAACAAGUUGCACUCAACGUGUUCCAAUUAAUUUUGACCUACGCCGGCUUAGGACAGAACGGUGACACCGUCCGCAGGGUAGAAGAUGAACACGUAAACUUGAUACAAACCGUGAUGGAACGCUGCAUAAGGAAGGAGAACCUGUUGGGUGAACUGUAUCUUCAAUUGAUCAAACAGACUACCGAUCAUCCUGAUCCCAACAGUCGGGUGAAUCUCAGGCAUUGGGCGUUACUAUCUCUGGCCUGUUCGGUGAUUUUACCCCCGCAGAAAGUAAUACGGAAAUACCUGAUAGCGCACUUGAAACGGUGUGCCAGUGAUUAUGUUACUGAGGAAGGGAAAUACGCGCGAUUCGCUGAAAAGUGCCUUUACAAGACGCAAGGCACCAGGCGGAGGCAAUGGCCGCCGAGCAGGGAGGAGAUUAUGUGCACGAUAAAUCGCAGGCCUAUUUAUGCGAGAUUCCAUUUCAUGGAUGGCCAGUACCACGCCGUCGAGUUCCAUCCAUCCGCCACAGCGAGGGACGUUAUGGAGAUUAUCAAGACGAAGAUUGGUCUGGAAGAAACCGCCAUGGGAUACGCUAUCUACGAGGUAUUAGGACCGACCGAACGAGCUCUGAUACCGGAAGAAAAGAUCGCUGACGUAAUGUCGAAAUGGGAGCGUUACAGAACGGCGAACGCACAACAGAAUCAAGCUCAGAGAAAACACGCACAUCACUUCUUCCUAUUUAAGAAACAUUUGUUCCUCGAUCAAUAUAUGAAUCUCGACGAUCCAGUGGAGAAGGAGCUGCUAUACCAUCAAGUGUUGCACGAUUUACGUGCCGACCGUUUCCCUAUCACCGAGAAAGAAGCUAUGAUGCUAACAGCUUUGCAAGCUCAAUUGGAGCUUGGCGAUUGUGAAGAUACCGUAUCGGAUCACGAAUACCGAACUAUAUCGAGUCACUGCCUACCACCAAGACUGGUUCCGAAUUUAUGCAUAGAAGGUGUACUUCAACACCAUCAAUCGUUACGAGGAAUGUCGCCGCCCGAGGCGAAGAAGGCUUUCCUGAAUCUAAUUCAAUCGUGGCCAUUGCACAGAGCCACGAUAUUCGACGUGAUGCAAUCGUUUACUUCGAACUGGCCACGCGUUUUGUGGCUGGCCGUCGAUCAGCAAGGUCUUCACCUUCUGGAACAUCGUUCCAGGAACACACUCUGUACCUAUGAAUACAGUAGUAUUCUCAGUUAUAGCCCAGCUGUUAGUUGUUUGAUGAUUAUUACUGGUACUGAUAAGAAGCAGAGCAAAGUUAUCCUUACGACAUCCCAGGCACAUCAAAUAGCGAAUUUAAUUCGCGAAUAUAUGGACGUGCUCCAAUCACCACCGGAGGUGCCGAAGAGAGAAUCGGCGAUAGCUCAGCAGAUAGCACAGCAGCCUAUCCAGCAACCACCAACCACCCUUUCGGCUACUGCCGGUGGUCGGAAAUCGCGACCUGCUUCGGUAUUACACAGAGGUGCUCCAGUGAUACAAUCGCAAGCUAGUUAAAAAGUUAGAUAACUCAUUAGGUAUGAUACCUCUCCUCAACCUGACACGUAAAAUAUUGCCUCUGUGCAUUCAACAUUAACGCUAGAAUAAGUAUACUUCACGUGAGUCUAUAUUACUUAUUUGUUAAUCGUUUUAUAUUUUCUCGACGAAUUAAUUUCUUAUGAUUACGUAAUUAGUGUGAAUUAUGUGGUACAACUAGAAUUGUCAGGUUGCGGUGAGAAAGUAUCUAUAUAAUUAUUAAUGCUUUAUUGGCAAGGCCUACCAAGCGAUGGAUCACCGUCGUAACGAGAGAGGCACUAGCCUAGACAUACUUCUUUCUUCCAGUAUUUAUUCUAUUUAGCUUAAAGCUCGAGAGACGUCGAAGGGAGAAGCAUCCGCGGAGAGGAAGAGAGUAAUCUAACGAAUAGAUUAACUGAUAACUGCCAUUUUACAAUUUCGAACGAGGGUUGUCAAAGAGUCAUUGAUUCCAUUCUUUCCAGUUGCCAUUAUCGUUGCCUUAUUUACGAGCGAUCGUCGGUGUCUUUUAUACAAGUCUUUUGCAAAGUAUACAGUAACGAACAAUCUUAAUGAUCAUCGAUACAAUCCCGGCGUAAGUAUUAAAUUCGAAGUGUAGGUGUCUUUUGGCAUAUCAUUUUUUGUAUCGUUCGACGGGUGAUUGCCGGACUUUUCGAUAUGACUUUAUUUGACCAAUAUUUAGAUUAAAAAAAAAGAACGACCAAUUUAUUGAAUCCAUAUUUUGACUUCUUUCCUGAUGUUAAUCACUCGAUUUAACGAUACAACAAUUAUACAUCAUUCUAUAAACGAUAUAAAGAAUCCCUGAUUCUACAUAUUGCAAUCGACGUUUCAAAGUAAUCUUGCGCAAAAUUCAACUACAGUUAUAUACGUAAUAAUUAUAUUUAGAUGCAAUAUUCCACAUAUGAAAUUUUACUCAACGUAUUAAUAAGCGAUUAAUGUAAAGACAAACAGACAACUAUAGCAAAGACAGAUUUGUUUGAUCCGUGUAUUGGGCAGGUGAACGAUCAUUUAAAUUUGAUUUCGAUCAGACAAUCCUUUCGCGUUACUGUCCUUUGCAUCAUAAAAUGAAUAACCGCGAGUAUAACAGGAAAAAGUAACGUUAAAUCCAAAAAUUGUUCCGCGCGAUCGCAUGGAUCGAAAUUGCGUCCAAAGAGAUUUUCUUUUUCUAAUCCCAAAGUCACUCGAUAUCUUGAUAUGUAAAUAAUAAUAAGUAACGGGAAGAUUCAAAUUCAAAUAACAAUAGAAAUCGUUCACAGGAUUCUCCAGUGUUCUGCGAUUGAAUUUUCACGUAAAUUAAAGAUAAAGUUCACUUAUAUACACGUACGAUAUUAUCUAAUUGUACUUGAACCCUUUGAAACACGAUCUUUCAUAACGUAGUACGAGUCUAGCAUAAAACGUUGACACUCUUUCGAAUCUACUAUUGUUCGAAGUUCGUAACGUAAAUAGAAGCGCAGUUAGUUUUUUGCUAAUAUUACUCUUUUUGAUAACGAGUACGUGCUCAACAGUUAAUAAAAACGGGACGCAGCCAAGAAAGGGUCAAUGCGUAAAGUGCGAAGUUCUUAUCCUGAGAACACUGGAGCUCGUACAAAAUACAUAAAUUAAUUCGGACCAAGUUUGCGUUUCGUCCCGAAGGCUCGACUAACGAAUCCUUUUGUACUCAAUAAUAACAGAAGACGAAUUAGCAACAUGGACACGAGCGCAAAACCGGAAGUACGAAACUCUUCCCGAAUAAGUAAAUCAACAGUAAAUUAUGCACGUGACAUGUGUAUUUAAGAUUUACUCACGUGAAUCGGAGCCUUCGUGGACGUUAACGUAAUCUUUUGAAUUCCACUUUUCAAUUGCGAUUUCCUUUCCGGAAGUUUGGCUUGUAAAGUUGUAAGAUUCAACGAGUGCAGAGACAGACUGUGAUCCGCUUCGGGUGUCCUUAGUCUUCGCGAGAGCUGUUUAACGAGUGAGACUUUGUCGUAACGUCGUAACUAUGUAAUUCGAACGAACAGGAGGUAAGACAUGCGCAUGUGAAAUUGUUAUGUGUGUGGGAAUGACAGAGAUAGCGAGAUAAUCAGGAGUCGAAGAAAUGGUGAGUGUAAACAUUGAAUAUAAUGAAACGAAGAUGUGAUUUCGCGAUGCAUGCAUGAUAUACUUAAGGGAAAAGGGGGGUCGAACAAGUACGCUGAUUCCCAUUAUGUGUAGCUUAAGCGAAAUAAAUUAUUGGUUGACGAUGUUUUA